GUUUAUCAGGAUUAUCAGGGUCAGAAUCACUUGGUUCCACCAUAAGUCCUCUCAAGCAUCGUCUUCUAACCAUUGGUUGAAUUCAGACAGAAGAUACGGUCCAAGUAAACGAUGGAUCCAAGCUAUUCAUUAUUGUAGCAAUAUGAAAUACCAAUUGCAAGAAUUAGAAUAAACGGAUAACAAAUGCAAGGAAUUUACCGAAUACUGAAACCACGCUGCAACCCUCCAAGAGCUGCAAUCUUUCAACAAUUCCAUGGGAAUGGAAUCAUUAGCCUGAACAAAAUAACUUCAGGCUUUGGAUUUAUCACAUCCUCUCCACCCAUGCAGCUGAAAGGGUUGGAGAAUGUUACGGUGUCAGAGGUACUAAUGACAAAGGGGGAAGAGAAAGUGGGUUCCUGGCUUUGGUGCAGAGCUGAUGAUGCUGUUAUUAAUGCAAUGAGGAAUAUGGCUGAAAAUGAUAUUGGAUCAUUGGUGGUACUAAGGCCAGAGGGCCAGCACAUAGCAGGCAUUGUCACAGAAAGAGAUUGCUUGAAGAAAAUAGUUGCACAAGGAAGAUCACCUUUAUACACACAAGUUGGUCAAAUAAUGACUAACGAGAGUGACCUGGUAACUGUGACACCUGACACGAACAUUCUAAGAGCAAUGAGACUUAUGUUAGAGAAUCGAAUCCGGCAUGUUCCGGUUAUAGAUGGGAAAAUUGUUGGUAUGAUUUCGAUUGUAGAUGUGGUGCGAGCAGUGACGGAGCAGCAAAGUGGAGAAUUGAAGCGACUCGGUGAUUAUAUCAGAGGAGAAUACUAUUAGGUUUGCAAAAUGAUUCAACCAUAUGUACAGAUUUGAUGAUAUGAAAUUCAUGUACCAAAACAUAAUACACCAUUAUAUACUAAUUUAGAUUCAUUUCA